GUCGAACUUCACGUCCACCUGGAUGGAGCCAUUCGACCAGAAACAAUCCUGCACUUCGGCAGGAAAAGAGGAGUUCCUCUCCCCGGCAGCACCGUUGAUGACCUCCUGAAGCACGUCAGCUACAAAACACCUCUGACACUUACCCAGUUUCUAGAGAAAUUUAAUCACUACAUGCCUGCCAUUGCGGGUGACCGUGAGGCGGUGAGGAGAAUCGCCUACGAGCUGGUGGAAACGAAAGCGAAAGAAGGCGUCAUCUACGUGGAGGUCCGGUACAGCCCUCACCUCUUGGCCAACUGCCGCGUGGAUCCCAUCCCCUGGGGCCAAACCGAGGGAGACCUCACUCCAGAUGAAGUCGUUAACCUCGUAAAUCAGGGACUACAGGAUGGAGAAAGGGAUUUCCGCAUCAAAGCCAGGUCUAUUCUAUGCUGCAUGCGCCAUAUGCCAAGCUGGUCUCCAGAGGUGGUGGAGCUCUGCAAGAAGUAUCGAAACAAUUCUGUGGUGGCCAUCGACCUGGCUGGGGAUGAGUCCCUGAAGGUGGAGAACUCCUCUGAGCAUAAGAAGGCUUACGAGGAAGCCGAAAGAUGCGGGACCGCUGGGGAGGCUGGCUCGGCUGCCAUGAUCAAGGAGGCGGUUUAUCUCCUGAAGGCUGAGCGCAUUGGCCAUGGCUACCACGUCCUGGAGGACCCCGAGCUCUACAAGGAGCUGUUGAGAGCAAAGAUGCAUUUUGAGGUCUGCCCUUGGUCCAGUUAUCUCACUGGAGCAUGUCUUCCGGACUUUGGGAAACACCCAGUAGCACAAUUUAGGAAGGAUCGAGCUAACUAUUCUAUAAACACGGAUGACCCCCUCAUCUUUAACUCCAACAUUGACAAGGAUUACAGCAUAGUGAAGAACUACAUGGGCUUCACUGAAGAGGAGUUCAAGAGAGUGAACAUCAACGCAGCUCAGUCCAGCUUCUUACCCGAGAAAGAAAAGCAGGAGCUGCUGGACACGCUGUACCAAGCCUAUGGGAUGGUCCCCAACGCAUUGUAA